AUGGCUUGGAGGUUCAGCUUGGACUGGACAUCCAGUCUGGACUUCCAGCUCGAUAUUGUCGGGUUUCUUGCCAUCCUCGGAGAAGGCUCCGUUGAGACCAUCGCCCAGGUUGUGACACUGAGCAACCUCGCCUACGUCCCACGUCUCCUUCCAGCGCCCCAGAUCUUCAUCCGGCCAACGCGACCCGAAAAACUGGAAACUACAUCCAAUGCUAAAGUUAUUGGCGUUCAUUCCGGGAAUACGGGAGAAGAUAUACACCACAUUGCACAUGCUCUCCAUCGGGGAGAUAAAUUGCCGCCGAACACAGUUCAGUGCGUCCGUGUAGUUGAGAAUGAGAGGCCACGGCCAUCUAUCAAAAGGUUCGGUCCAUUGGCCAUCCUGGCUUUGAUUGGUUUCGCCCUGAGCGUGACUCUUCUGGUGCUUUCCGUUGUCCUUCGAGAUGCCAUGUCCUUGAUAGCAACGCUCUUGUUGUCAUUUCUGAGUACGAAUACAGGUAUCGCUAAUAAGUGGUCACCGACGCCCAAUGAUCCGAAGCCCGAUCCGCACUCGCCCGAAGGCGAUGUAGUCAUCAAAUAUCCCCAAGGGGCUUUCAUCGUCGUCAAAUGUCAGGAGCGGACUGCCCGAUACCUAUAUUUCAACCCUAGUGAACGGUGUAUAUACGCUGUCAAGAGCACGACUAUAUACCGAGGCCUCUCCCUUAUUUCGACCCUGUGUUUGAUGGGAGGUGUAAUUUGCCUUGCCAACGCCAAGAUCCAGAACCAGACAGCUUUCGCCGCGUCUUAUAUGUUUAUCAAUAUAGUCUACUGGAUUGUUGCGGCACUUCCGCCCGCGAAGCACUGGGAUCUUUCACGACUGGAAGUAUCUCAAAUCAUGGUCAAAGGGGGGACGCCUCCACGGACAGCGCGCGUGGACAAUGUUCCGCCCACCUACACCGAGGCUCUUUGGAAAGCCAUCGCCGUGACGGGCACCAGCAACUGGGUUAAAGAAGCAGGAUGGGCGCCAAGAACACCGGCCUGGAAUGACUGGCUCGAUGAGGCGGAGGACGCUGCCGUCAGCGAGCCGAUGAAGGCGGGGCUUCGCAAGGACGAGGAAGGCAAGGACGUGGAGACAUGGACAAUUCGAAAUUGGGACAGCAGAAACGCGCUUUCCACGCUCCUUAGGACUACGACAGACAGAAUCCAGCGGCAAGGAACGGCAAAUGGAGGUGAGAACUUCUGGCGUCGCACUAUCGGGGUAGCACAGCCCCUAGCAGACAUGGAGCGACCUCAAGUUGAACCAAAAGCAUGA